GGUAAGACCGACAGCGCACGUGCCAAGUGUCCAACUCCAGAAUCAGAGUUCCGAGCUAUUGAUCAACCAUCAGUCCUAACCUGUGUCAUUAUUAUUGUCCACCCAUGUGGUUUUCAAAAAGUAAACACGUUUUUAUUUUCUCGAGCAUAUAAAUAAAAUUGUAUUUAAAUUUAAUAUGCCGAAGCUAUUCGACGAAGAUGAUGAUGCUGACGAUGAACCGGAGAUUAAAAUAAAUGAAAAGUAUGCGGCAAAUUACGACAAAUGGCGAUUGAAAGAAGAAGUAAAUAGACUUAAAACUAAACAUGGAGAUCACCUGAAGUAUGCUGGUGACUCUGAGGAGUCCUCUAGUUCAUCAGAUGAUGAGGAUGCUAAUUUGCUGACUGAAGAGAUGGACAAAAAUUUCUACAAGACUCUUGCGUACUUGAAGAAAAAAGACCCCAAGAUUUAUGAUGAUAAGGUUGUAUUUUUUCCACCUGAGAAUAAUGAUGCUGGUGAAGGUUCAGGGCAAGUGGAGAAGAAGAAAAAGAAGAAGGAGAAGCCGUUGUCUCUCCGUGACUACGAGCGUAAAAUACUGAUAGAGAAGGGCGGGAAGCUGAGUGAUGACAGCGAUGAAGAUCAUCAGGAGCCAGUUGCCAGUAGACUGACUUAUGUUGAAGAGCAGCGGCUUCUGAAAGAAAGUAUCAAGAAAGCGGCUGAUAUUGAUGAUGAUGAUGGUGAUGAUGAUUUGCUGAAAGAAAAAACUAAAGCUUCAGAAGAAAAGGAAAAGGAAGAAGAGGCUUACAGACUCUGGUUGCUGGGACAGCCAGCGGAAGUUGAUGAUAAGGAUGAGGAAGAAUUGAAACCUCUGCGUGAUUUUUGGACGGACCCGAAUCUUGACGCGAAUGAAAAAUUCCUGCGUGACUUUGUUAUGCGGAGGAAGUUUUCUGAUGAAGACAAUCAAGUUGAUGAUAGUGAUGGCGAAAAUAAUAAUGAUUACGCCAAUCGUUUGCAUGACAGCGACAAGGAUUUGUCGGAAGACGAGAAACAGAUUGAGACUCAAGAGGAGUUCGAGCAUAAAUACAAUUUCAGGUUUGAAGAGCCUGAUCCUGAAUUUAUCAAACGGUACCCAAGAACGAUAGAGGAUUCUAUGAGGAAAAAGGACACCAGGAGAGCUGAGAAGCGGGCAGAGGUGAAGAAACGCAAGGAGCAAGAAAAGCUGCGGCAGAAGGAAGAGUUGAAGAGGUACAAAAUGCUCAAGCGCAAGGAAAUAAUGGACAAGAUCGCCCAGCUGAAGGAAAUAACUGGCAAUGAUGAUCUCAAAGUUGACAUCCUUGACUUUGAAGGUGAUUUUGAUCCUAGUGAGCAUGACAGAAAGAUGCAGGAGCUGUUCAAUGAUGAGUAUUACCAAGAUGUUGAUGAAAAUGCUAAGCCCGAGUUCCCGGAGCUUGACGAAGAGUUGGAGAUUGAGAAGACUUGGGACGAUUAUGACCCUACUGCUGAUAAAGCUGAUUUGAGUCAAAGCUACAGUGAACCUCACUGCGAAGAUUCGAAUUUUGUGAUGGACGCUGACUAUGAAGUCAACAAGAAAGCCAAGGAAGCGGAAGAAAGUUCUUCUAAGAGGAAGCGUAGGAAACGUUCUAAGUUUGCUGAGCUUAUUGCUAAAGAAAAACCUAAAUUUGAUCCCAUUUUGCACUCGUCUUUUAAAGAUUACAUUGACCAGUACUAUGCUCUUGAUUAUGAAGACAUGAUUGGUGACCAGCCGUGCAGGUUCAAGUAUAGGAAAGUCGUUCCCAAUGACUACGGACUCACUGUUGAAGAGAUUCUGUUGGCGGAUGACAAAGAGUUGAACAAAUGGUGCUCGUUGAAGAAAGCACUUGAGCACAAGUCUGAAGACGCUGAGUACAGAGAAGUUCAGACUUAUAAACAGAAGAGUAAAGAUGAAAGGUUCAAGAGGAAAAUUCUCUCUAGUUUGUAUAAACCUAUUGAGGAAGAAGUCGAUGAUGAAGUGAAAAAAGCAUCUGCGGAGUUGAAUGGCGACGCAAAUGCUGGUCUUGGUGCUGAGAAGAAGAAAAAGAGGAGGAAGAAAAAAUCUGGAUCGGCUGGAAAUCAAAUUGGUGAGAGAGAAAGUAAAGUUUCAGAGGAUCAAGGAGCUGAAGAUGAGAAAGGAGUUGAGAAGAAAAAGAAGAAGAAGAGUGAAGUUGAUGGAAAUGUUGGGGGUGAGGAAGUUGAAGCAGCUGAUAAACAAACGGUGGCAGUGACGAAUGGGAAGAAAAAGAAGAAGAGUAAAGUAGAAGGAAAUGUUGAGGGUGAGGAAGUUGAAGCAGCUGAUAAACAAAUGGCGGCAGUGACGAAUGAGAAGAAAAAGAAGAAGAAAAAAGAAGUGGACACUGAUGACGCUGCUGAGACGAAUGAGACAAAGGUGUCUGAAGAAAUAAAACAAGUGGGUAAGAAUAAAAGAAAAGGGGAAAGUUUGAUCAAUGGUGAGUCUGAAGUAAAAGCUCCGCAUGCUAAGAAAUUUAAAUUCGAUAAAAGUAAUAAAGAUCUGGUGAAUAAAAGUACAAAUAAAGUGCAGAAGAUGAAAAAUAAAAAUAAACAACCGUCUCAGCCUCACAAUCCUAUCGCUUCGUUGAGCAACGAGCGACUCAAGGCCUACGGUUUGAACCCACGUAAAUUUAGAAAUAAGUUGAAAUUCGGCAAACAGAAUAAUGAAAAAAAUUGAAUUGUUAAAUAAUAAAAAAUAAAAUAAAUAAAUUGUAGUCGAUAAUUUUGAACAAUUGAAUCCUAAAGUAGAUGUAUAAAUAGAUAUAUAUUAAGGAUUUUUUAUAGGGGAAUAAUAAAAUGAUAAAUGACGUUUGCGGAUUAAGUAGUAAGAAUGAAUAUACUCUU